AUUUGGAUGUCUCUAAUGCCCAAGUUAAAUUAAAUACCUCAAGGGGGCUGCGAAGAAUUUUGCAAGAGCAUUAGAAGCAUGGGAGCAGCAAUACUCACUUCUUGCUGUAGCUGAAAAGCUCAAGAAAACAGAACCACUUGGAUUUUUAAUAGCCAGAGCAAGACAGUGCCUGGAAGAGGGAAGCAGCCAAAGGGUCGGAAGUGUGUGCUUAACAAACUCCAGCAAUAGCAACUUAGAUACUCGAAAAUAGAAAUCUAGCUGAGCUCCUUUUUGUUGGUCAUUCUCCUGCUAUCAAUUAAUCUGGAUCCAGAACUGAACCUAGCAGGAGAACCUACAGCAUUUCUAAGGUGUGAUCCUACUUCAUCCUUCUUCCACUAUUAGAGCUGGCCAUGAAGAGUAAGGAUGAGACCAGUGACACAGACAGUGGGAUCAUAGUGCAGUCAGGACCAGACAGCCCUGUGUCUCCAAUGAAGGACCUGACCCAAGCUAUGAGGAAGCAGCAAAGAGUGCUGGAGGAGCGGCUGGAGGCUUGUGUGCAGGAACUGAAAAGACUGUGUUUGCGUGAGGCGGAGCUGACAGGAUUGCUUCCCUUAGAGUAUCCUCUGAAAGCAGGUGAGAAGCCCCCAAAGGUCCGUCGUCGAAUUGGGGCUGCUUUCAAAUUGGAUGAAAAGGCUAUCCUCUCAAGAGGAGCGGAUCCAGUGAGCACACUGGAAAGGGAUCUGGCUCUGCAGCUGCAGAUUGCUGAGGCUGCACGGUGUCUCUCUCGGGAAGAGAAUCUCACUAAGCAAGUCCGGAAGCGCCGAAAAAGUGCCGUGUUGAAGGAAGAAAAAAAGCUGAAGGACUUAGAGCAAGCCCUCAGUGAAUACCGCCUGGCAGCCCAGCAUUUGGCACCACUAAGGGCCAGUGCCCCAGUUUUAGAAGGCUUUAGUGCCUCUGAUGAGAGUUCCCUGUCAGAUGUUGUCCUAGUAGAAGAAGGACCCCAAGUGCUGAACUCUCAUCCUCCAUCAAAGCUUGCGUCCUCAGCUCAUCUUCAUGGUUCUUCAGCUCAGCCUUCUCCUGCUAGCUUGCCAGAAGGCCAGAUCCACUACCAACCCACAGAACUGGAAUGUGCACCCAUCCAGAACAGCCCCUGGAAGGAGACCAGUCUGGAUAAACCUUAUGAGAAGACCAAGAAAUCUUCUGAGCCUAGCAGUAUAUCAAGUAGUCCAGGCCUGAUUCUCCAGCCAGCACCCAGCUCUACAGCUCAGAGGAUAGCUGAGCCACCUUUGUGCCACUUUGUUCCUGCGAGGAAGAUAGAAGCCAGGAGACAGGCUGGUUCCAGUGCCCCACCUACACCAGAGUUCCUGGGAAGGAGAGGACAAUCCCAGGCCAUAAGAAUGUGUUCAUCUCGGGAAGGUUUGGAAUCACGUGGAAGAAGCGCACUGCCAAGGCGGCGUCCGACCUACUACACUGUCACUGUUCCUGAUUACUGCUUCUUGGCACCCAAACCCAACCCAGCCAUCAAACCCACCUAUCGUUCUGCUUCAGAAGACAGCAAUUCAGAUGUCUCCAGCAUCUCCUACACAACGUCAGCUGGCAGCAGCAGCCCUGACAUCUCUUUCCUGAAGCCCAUACCCCCAACACCCAUGGAGGAGCCUUUGCAGCCAUUCCAGAGCCAGGUCUGCAAGGGACAUGAAGCAGAAUACCACUCUCAAUGUCCUCAGAAGCUGCUGUCACCACCGGGCUACUUCUCUGCCAUUGAGUAUGCACCUGAGUGUCUCCUGCCUGCUGGGAGGGAGCCCUGCUAUGGCCGACCAUCCUUUCUCUCUGCCAGCUCUGCCCACUUUGCCUACAAGGAAGAAGCAGUGCCAUUGAGAUUCCACAGGUCAAUUGUUUCCCAAAGCAGGGUGGUGCGAACACCUUCUCUGAAGGACUGCCUCCCUUGCCCUUCCACAGGCACACGAGUAUUGUCCAAGUCAGCUGUGACAGAAGAGCUAAAAUCAUGGCAUGAACGGACCCGCUUGCGCAAUGCACGGCCACACUCACUGGACCGGCAAGGUGCUUUCCGCAUGCGCAGUGGGCCAGGUAGAGAGUUGCGCACUGUGUGUUCCAUGGGACAGCAAACGCAGGUUCCUCGUGUGCAUAUUCUGAAACGCUCUCCCGAGGGAGCCCCUGUACAGGUCUAUGUGCCGGAGAAUGGGGAAAUCAUUACUCAGGUCUAGAAAGCUACUUACCGCAUCCACCUCACAAAAUCAGGCAUUGUCAGCAGGCUGACUGUCUACUUGAAGGCGAGGUCGUCCCAAGCCAAAUCUUGGCAUGCUCCUUGACCUGCUGUUCCUUCCUGCUACUUGAAUAGAAAAACUAAGAUCCACACUGGAAGCCACAGGAGAUGACUACUCAGCCUUUUCCUUUUGUUCCUGUGCUGAACUCACACAGUAGACUUGUCUUGGACAGCUGUGUUUCUUUUGCUGUGGACUAGGUGGAAUACACAGGACAGCAAGAACCAACUGUGUUAAUAUUUGUUUGUCUGCCUAUUUAUUCACCUGUUUACUACAGUGGAAACAUUUUGGGAUGCUUGCGACUUAGGAGAGCAACAUCAGCUCAAAAAAUUUCAGAUAGCUGCUCGGAAAGGAAUCAAGCCUUACCACAUGGCUUGACUCUCUCCUGUGGAAGUGAGAUGUAUGUGCUUUCCCAAAUAUUCAAUUGUGGUUCUCUCCUCUAUUCUUACAAGCUAUGUGUUGGCUGCUAGCACAUCAGGCCACACCAAAGAAACUGGCAAGUCUUCUUGAGUGCAAGUUACACUCUUACCAGUGUGCCAUGUACUUUCAUUCAUAACUCCUGCCAUCUCUUCGGUUCUAUACCUGAAUCACAGAUGCCUUAUUUUCAGUUUUAUUGGAAAUUUCUACUAAAAAAUUGACCCAUUUCAUGGGUGAAAUCUUGCUCUUUUUGUAUGUGUCUAACCCUAACCUUCAUUAUUUCUUGGAAGGAGGAAGAGUUUUUCCGUAUACAAAGUCAGUCACUGUAUUUAGUAAUCUCCUUUUCUUACUUACCAGACAACUAGUUGUCUUACAACUGACAAGAUGUCUAUUGUUCUAAUGAGUUAUAACUAGAAAACAGCUGCUAUAUACCAACUUUGGAUGCCAGGAUGGUCAUGCUGCUCUCACAGGAAGUUCCCAGAUCCAUUAACACAACAGAAAAGGGAUGUGUUCUAUCCAGGUUUUCAG